AUGGUGGUUUCGGGGCCAAUCACGCCGGGGCAGGUGUCUUUCUUGCUGGGGGUUAUUCCAGUUUUUGUUUCAUGGUUAUAUUCAGAGUACUUGGAGUACAAGAAAACCUCAUCUCCUCCCAAAGUUCAUUCAGAUACUCAUCUUGAAGAGUUGGGGAAGGAUGCAAUUAAGGAAGAUGAUCGAGCCAUUUUACUGGAAUCAGGGCUUACUAGAUCAGCAUCAACAAAAUUCCAUCCAUCAUCUGUCAAAUUGAAUUUGAUUCGGUUUUUGACAAUGGAUGAUUCUUUCUUGUUAGAAAAUCGGGCAACUUUGAGGGCAAUGGCUGAAUUUGGGCUGAUACUGUUUUAUUUCUACAUAUGUGAUCGGACCAACAUACUUGGAGAUUCCACCAAGAACUAUAGUCGGGAUCUUUUCAUCUUCCUCUACCUUCUUCUGAUUAUAGUUUCAGUUUUGAGUUCUUUGAAGAAGCAUAAUGACACAUCAUCUUUUUCUGGAAAAAACAUACUCUACCUUAAUCGGCACCAAACAGAGGAGUGGAAAGGAUGGAUGCAGGUGCUCUUUUUAAUGUAUCAUUAUUUUGCUGCAACGGAGAUAUACAAUGCAAUACGCGUUUUCAUUGCUGCAUAUGUUUGGAUGACUGGAUUUGGCAACUUCUCCUAUUAUUAUGUCAGAAAAGAUUUUAGCCUUGCACGUUUUGCUCAGAUGAUGUGGCGGCUUAAUUUUUUUGUGGCCUUCUGCUGUAUUGUGCUUAACAAUGACUAUAUGCUCUACUAUAUAUGUCCAAUGCACACGCUUUUCACUUUGAUGGUGUAUGGAGCACUGGGUAUAUACAACAAGUAUAAUGAAGUUCCCUCCGUGAUAGCUGCAAAGAUUCUGGCAUGCUUUCUUGUGGUGAUCUUGAUUUGGGAAAUCCCUGGAUUCUUUGACAUAUUUUGGAGCCCGUUUGCUUUCUUUCUGGGUUAUACCGAUCCUGCAAAGCCAGAUCUCCCUCGAAUGCAUGAGUGGCAUUUUAGAUCUGGGCUUGAUCGCUACAUCUGGAUAAUUGGAAUGAUUUAUGCCUACUUUCACCCAAAUGUUGAGAAAUGGAUGGAAAAAUUGGAAGAGAGUGAAACCAAGAGGAGAGUUACCAUCAAAACUUGCAUUGUUUCUGCUGCACUAUUUGUUGGGUACUUGUGGUAUGAAUACAUAUACAAGCUGGACAAGGUCUCAUACAACAAACUGCACCCUUACACCUCAUGGAUUCCAAUUACUGUAUACAUUUGCCUGAGGAAUUUCAGUCAGCGGCUCCGUAAUUUCUCUUUGACCCUCUUUGCGUGGCUUGGCAAGGUUACUUUGGAGACAUACAUUUCCCAGUUUCAUAUUUGGUUAAGGUCUAACAUGCCAAAUGGACAGCCCAAGUGGCUCCUUUCUCUUAUACCAGAGUAUCCUAUGCUCAAUUUCAUGCUUACAACUGCUAUAUACGUUUUUGUAUCUCAUCGACUUUUUGAAUUAACAAAUACACUUAAGUCGGUGUUCGUACCUACGAAAGACAAUCGACGGCUGCUACAUAAUUUUAUUACUGGAAUUGUCAUUUCCCUUUCUCUGUAUUGCAUCUCACUUAUUCUGCUUCUGAUUCCUCAUUCAAUGGUAAGCCUCUAUUUUGCUAUGUAA